AAAAAACCCAUUCAACUUUUUUCAGAGCGGCGAUUCGGGAGUCCAAGUGCGUGGUGUUUCUUUAAUUGUUAGAAAGUGUAUUUUUUUAAAAAUUAUUUUGUAAACGCAAUACAAACCAUUUCACAGGAGGAGCUGCAGAGGAAAGGGAAACAAAAUAAGCCGAGAGAAAAACACCUCAUCCGCGCUCUGCGAGUCCAUGUUAAUGGUUUGUAGCAGGACUUUUAAGAAAGGACCAGCUACAAAAUGGACGGAUUUUACGAUCAGCAAGUUCCUUUUAUGGUGCACAAUGUACCGAAAACACGCGUGGAUGAACUUCGCGGCCGACAACUGAACGAUAGAAAAAGGAAAUUUGUGGAGACCGACCUUGCUCACGAUUCGGAAGAAUUGUUUCAAGAUUUGAGCUUGUUGCAAGAAACGUGGCUUGCAGAGGCCCAAGUUCCCGAAGAAGAUGAGCAGUUUGUACCAGAUUUCCAGUCGGUUAACUUGGUAUUUCAUGGACCUCCUCCGGCAAAGAUCAAGCGAGAAUCUCACAGCCCUAAUACGGAUGUGGCCUGUCGUCACAAGCAGAGUCUCAGUUCUAGCUAUGGAGAAAACUGCCUCUACAGUUAUAGUGCCUAUGAUAGGAAACCCCCCGCAGGGUUCAAGCCAUUAACUCCACCAGCCACCCCGGUGUCUCCAGUCCAUCAGAAUUCCCCUCUUUCUCACCUUCCCCCUCCAGCAGUGCCAGCUUCAGCCCACGGCCCUAUAUCAUCUCCAGUGCAGGCUUCAGCUCCUGUGUCAGUUCCACAACCGCAGCAGCAGCAACAACAAACCUUCGCAGUACCUCGACCUCCCCAGCCCCCACUUCAGAUGUCGCAGACCCUGAGUGAGUCCCAGUAUCCACCAGAGCACAGGUUCCACCGGCAGAUGUCUGAGCCAUGCCACCCAUACCCACCCCAAUCAGGAGUCUCCAGUGACAGUCGGCAAGUUUACCAGCGCCAGAUGUCAGAACCGAUGCCUUCGCCGUCUCCUCAGGGCUUUAAGCAGGAGUACCACGACUCACGUUAUGAUCAUAUCACAGGUGUCAGUGGUCCCAGCAGACAGAAUUUCCAGCCUCCUCUCGGGAUUAAGCAGGAGCCAAGAGACUACUGUUAUGACUCAGAAGUGCCUAAUUGCCAAUCCUCUUACAUUUCGGGAGGAAGCUAUUACACUAGUCCCAACAACCCAGAAGGUUUCCCUUAUGAGAAAGAUCCACGACUGUACUAUGAUGAUACAUGUGUGGUACCAGAUAGGAUCGACAAUAAACUCAAGCAGGAAUCACCCGUGUACAGGGAAAAUCUGCCAUACCAGCGUCGUGGUUCUUUACAGCUGUGGCAGUUCCUGGUGACCCUCCUGGAUGAUCCAUCUAAUUCCCACUUCAUCGCGUGGACAGGUAGAGGCAUGGAGUUCAAGUUGAUUGAGCCUGAAGAGGUUGCUCGACGCUGGGGCAUCCAGAAAAACCGCCCUGCGAUGAACUAUGACAAAUUGAGCCGCUCACUUCGCUAUUACUAUGAAAAGGGGAUCAUGCAAAAGGUUGCAGGGGAAAGGUACGUGUACAAGUUUGUGUGUGACCCUGAGGCACUUUUCUCUAUGGCCUUCCCAGACAAUCAACGCCCCUUCCUGAAGACUGAAAUCGACUGUCAUAUUAACAAGGAGGAUACUGUUCCUCUCACGCAUUUUGAUGAUAAUGCAGCCUACUUGUUGGAGAUGGAUCAUUGCAACAACCUCCAGUAUCCAGAGGGCUUUGCGUAUUGACUUAAUCACAGCAGCCCAUGUGACUGAAUGCAUCACUAUCCAGCUGAAAAGAGCAUCUUAUGUGGUACUGUUGCACUCGGCUGUUAAGAAGCCAGCUCUUCAGAACAUUCAAGAGCCUAAAAGUUGUACAGUAGCGUCACACUACUGAAAAAACUGCCAUGUGCUUCACUGAUGAUGCACUAACAAGCGUGACUUAAUAUGGCUAAGUCCUCCACUUUGAUAGUUAUGGGGGUGGGGGUAGGGGGAAGCCCAACUACUAGGCUGUGUGUUAUUAUCAGAAAUGCGUUCAGGUGUGGCAUUUGUGAUUGUUCAGUGUGGCAUUCACAGAGCUUGGAUAGACCGUGUGACUGUAGAGUUUGUAAUGACAAUCUGCUUUGCAUUGAACACAGUUCUUUCAGCUGCCUUUCUGAUGUUAAAGGGCUUCAACUUGCACAAUCCCACAAUUGUAUCAUGGGUCAGACUCAAAAAGAAAACAGUAUGCACUAUAGCAUGUAGAUCUGUCCCUUGGAUUGGAUACGAACUGGUGCUGUAUUAAAGUAGCUAAUGAGAGUCCUGUCUACCUGAGACUUCAAUACAGUACAGCUUGUAGUUUAUUUUGUGUUUUUUUUUAAAAAAGCUUAAAAAUGUUUUAACCCUUUAAACUCUGAAGUUCUUUGACACCUGGCACGUUAUUUUUCCUCUGACUCCUUUUCUAAACAACACUUGUAUAUGUAGCAGUUUUUAAAUGUUUUAAUUCCAUUCUUUCUCAAGAGGAUGAAGAGCAUUAUUCAGGUUUACCGCUGCCAUUCAAUUUUUUUCCCCCCUUCUCUCCUACCCCACCCCUCCUAUUUCGUUACUUAAAUCUUUCUACAAAAGAAAAGGCUGGAACCAUUCUUUGGUAGCUCAAUCCAGCUCUAGGGAAGGUGGUUCUAUUCAGUACCUUUUGUGUAUAAGUCGUCCCCAUAAGUAGCUCUAAUGAGGUAAUAUUCGUAACACUAUCUUUGAGAGGGGAGGAUGUGGGGUUGGGUAAAGGGAAGCGGUCGACAGGUAUUUUUCAAAAUAAUUUCAAAAAAAAGUGUAUUAAAUUUGUAAGGUUUUUUGUCUUUCUAUUUAAGGCAAAAUCUUUUUGUUAUUGGCACUGCACUCAAGUAUAGAGUUCCAAUAUUUUGGUGGUAAUGUUACAGCUUUAAUCAGGGGGUUAGGGCUUUUACUGUGUAACACAGUUAAUUCUGCUGCAGGUUUUACAUGCCUGCUUCAAGCUUUGCACCGAACACCUUUUACAAUUUAACGUUUGGAAAUCUAAAUAUAGGUAUGACUGUUUCUGCACAUUGUAUCUUACAAUGGCACAUUGCAAUUGUAUAAUUACAAUAUAUUCACACUCUUUCAGUUCUUUAUAUUUUAUGUAUAAAGUCCCCAGGGUUUAUAUUAUUGGAAACAAAAUUAUUUUUGCACCAGAUCUCAAUUGUAUUUUAUUUUAGCAAUUCAACUUUUUUUUUGCUUCUACUUUUAAACCACGUGCUGCAAAAUCCAUUUUAAAGACUAUUAGAUGCAUUAGUUGAGAUUUUACAACUUUCCUUUUCAAAACGUGUUGUGCAUUUAAGGGAAACCCUGCCUUGUACACUAAAUAAAUGUUUCAUCUCUAACGUGUACAAUAAAGUUUUUGGUAUUUUUUUGCCUCGCA